CAGGAUCAUGAAAAAAGGGAAUGCAAGUUUUUGGUACUCCCUUGUGUGUAUGAUGCUUGUCACGUGCUGGUUAGAAGAGGUGAACUUGCUGAACACCUAGAAAAGAAUUGCAUUUUCAGACCAGAGAAAUGCCAAUUUUGUGAUGAAGUUUUUGAUUACUGCAGAAUGAAGGUACUGGAUGUCAUUUAUUGACAAAGACAAUCUACAGAUCAUGGAGUAAAUGAUAGUUGCUACUUGUAUAUUAGCUCAGUUAAAGAAGAAUAAUUGCGCAAAAUUGAUGAUCUUAAAGUAGGGAGUUUUCACCUUGCGCAUGCAGUUGCCUCCCUCACCUUUCGUGAAUAUUAAAUGAGAAAAAAAGUGGGACCUUGGAUGCUUAAGAUUUAAUGCCUUAUGAUAAAGUACUGCUUGUGUUUUCUCUAUCAAGGGUUUAACACAGUAGAUAAGUAAGAAAUAUGUUAUGUUGCCAAUCAAUUGAAUGUUGUUGACGCGUUGUCAAGGGCAAACGUUUCAUUUGGAUCGUUCCAGAGCGAUUCUUUAUCCUCUUUAUGUUUUAAGCUACACUAGUGGAACAUAAUUGAAGAUUUAGGCGAAGGUGAAGCAGGAGAACUGUCAAAACCGGUUUCAAGAAGAAGGAAUAUAAUAUAUUGAGUCAAAAGAAAAAGCUGGUUAUUCUUUGUUAUUAGUUUAAUAUUGUAAUUAGUAGCAGUUGGACUUGAAACAUCUUCGCUUGAAUCACAAACUCGAACUGCAUCUCCACCAAUUAGACUGCCAGAUGGACAAAGCCUCUUAUUUCUUAAUAUUGGAAUUCACAAUUAUCUCCACUGCCAGAUGGACAACCUAGGAAUUGUUGUAGAUAACCUGCAUCAGUCAGUGUACCAACUCCAGGAUGAACAACAUGGAUUACGCGAAGCAGUUCAACAACUACAGGAGCACCUCGAUGGUCAGCUGUUGGCAGAUGGAUCUCGACGUCCACUCGCAACAUGCCAAGAUCCAAAUGCCCAGGAGAGGACAGUGGCUUCAGCAAAUCUGUCAAGUGCAGGUUCUUUCUCUGGAACACCCCGUGAGUCCAAUGGUAGUGUUCAGAACCUUGCUUUUGCACAACGGGUCGCCAGUCUUGAAAAGGAAGCUGCUGACAUCAAAAUGGUACUUGAAUCCUUGAAGGAUUACGUAGGACAGCAAGAUACCUCAAGCUACGAUGGUCAGCUUUUAUGGAAGAUUUCCGGUUUUUCACGUAAACGGAAUGAUGCAGUUAAUGGAGAGGAAGUCUCCGUCGUCAGUCCAAGUUUCUCAACCAGUCGCUACGGUUAUAAGAUGUGCGCGCGUGUCUAUCUGAACGGCGAUGGAAUGGGUAGAGGAACGCACAUCUCUGUCUACUUUGUGAUCAUGCGUGGUCAUUAUGACGCCCUUCUCCGCUGGCCAUUCAGACAAAAGGUCACCUUUAUGUUACUGGAUCAGGAUGACGUGGAACACGUAAUCGACUCCAUCAGACCUGAUCCGAACAGCUCAUCCUUUCAGAGGCCAAGAAGAGAAACAAACAUCGCCAGUGGGUGUCCAAUGUUCUGCUCGCUUGCUGAGCUGAAUAAUCACGCAUAUGUCAGAGACGACACCAUGUUUGUGAAGAUUAUUGUAGAUACUGAUGAUCUAUAA